GCUUAGCGGACCUGUAUAUAUACAAUGAUGCUGUAUCUCAAUCAAAACAAACUCCGACGGUUUGCAGACUAACAAGACGGCCGAGAGAUUGCCGUAAGCGAUCGUUACAUGUAGCUGUUAGUGUUUAGAAGACACUAUUUAAUAUUUCAAUAAGAAUAUUUGCGAUAAGAGAGCAUUGACUACUAUCACAGAUUGGGAGAGUAUACUCUGAAUACACUGAUCACCACGAAAUACCCACAACUACAACUUACAAGGACAAGCGAACCAAAAUGGCUACAAUGAAGAAUUCCCUCCUGUCUUCAUGUUCCCACAAAACGAAGGAAAUGGACUUUUUCUGCGAGGCGUGUUCGAUCCUGAUUUGUCAAACAUGUGUUUCUAGUUCUCAUAAAGGCCAUAGCGUAAUUCAACUUAGUGAAGUCACCCCUAUCAACAAAAUUAAGAUCAAAGCAUUCAUCAAUGAGGUUGAAGAAAAGGACAUUAUUAAGAUUCAGAAGGAACUCAACUCUCUCGAAGAUAGUAAACUGAAUGACGAGCUCGAGAGUGUCAUCAGAAAUGUAGAAAAUAGGGGGAGAAAGCUUAGAGAUAACCUGGAUAUUUUCAUAAAGCAAACACUUUUUGAAAUGAAACGACUGAAAGAUGAAAACUGCAAGCUUGGUGACAAUUACAAGACUGAGCUUGAAAUGAAAAUGUGUCAACUGAAGGAGAAGGUAAAACAUUGUAAAGAAUCUCUCCAGACCGGAACGGAUAUCCAAGUAUUUGUUAGUGUGAACGGGCUCGACAAUACAGUCACCCUUCCUAGGAAACCCAUUCUAGGCACUGCUGGAUUCAACCCUGUGAACGGAAGUAUGGAACAGAUAUUUGGUAAAGUCACAUUGACCCAACCCAGCUGGUCAGAAGCAAGUGCUCAAGAUUCUUUCCCACAACAUACCAGCGCGGAAUCAUACUACCCUCCACUACCAGGCUAUACAGCACCACAACAAGCCUCACUACCGGAUGUCAGUUCGGCACCACCACACGGCUCCCUACUGGAUACCUACCCACCAUCGUCAUCACCACCACCGUACGACGAUACUGUACAGACCAACGUUUUACCAGAACCGAGAUCGCUCCUGAACAUAUCGUCUGUGUGUCCUACCAAAGACGGUGACGUUUGGACGUGUUACUGGAAGAGUGACAACUUGACACGCUUGACUAGCCAAGGCGAAGUGAAGCAGAACAUACAGAUUCCAGUCGUGGUAAAGGACAUCUGUAUAUCGCCUACUACAAACAACCUAUGGGCAUGUUCUGACAAAGACAACACGGUCCUGGAGCUUACAUCCAAUACACUAACGCACAGAUUCAAAACAAAAGAUGAGCCAAAAGCCUUGUGUGUCAUCCGAGAAGAUCAGGUCAUUAUCGGUACCAAACAUAGAAUCACAAAACACACCUCAAAAGGAAAAAUCACCUUGACUACAAAAGCAUCAUUGUUUUCGAAACCCAUUGUGUGUUCUCCACAGAAGAUAUCGCAAUGUCCAAUCACCGAAAACAUAGCUGUGGUCGACCGUGAUCGGUCAGGUGAAGGUGGCAACGACAGACCCCAUAUUGUAGUCAUGAACUUUGACCUAGAGGUGCUUUACCGGUAUGGACGACCUCAGCACAAAAGUGGAACUGGAUCAAAACUGUUUAAUCCGUGGGAUAUAGCUUACGACCGUACAGGAAGCUUAGUGGUUGCGGAUGGUGGCAACUGUUGUCUGCAUCUUUUAAAUAGUGGCGGGAAAUAUCUUCGUGUUCUACACACCGACACGGCUUUACCAAGGGCUGUAGGUAUCGGCAGGGAGGAGGAGGGGCUGUGGGCGGUAUUCGGGGAUCGUGUUAAACUUGUAAAGUGCUGGCGCGGAUAAGUCAAAUGCUGUUGAAAGCAUGUACUAAUCUCUACAAGUUAACAGCACUCGUGGGAGUCGUAAGCCACGUAACUCACCCAGACUGAGAACAAGUUACUGUCAUUUGAUUCAAAUAAAAUCUCUCUGCCCGUUUUUUUCCUGCCGCGUAGAAUGUGACAAUACAGCAUGUAUGUAUAACGUUACCUUAAAUAGACAUGCCACCAGUACAUGCUCGGAGGACAUGUUUGUUCUUCUGUUAUACAGAGAUAAGGACAUAUAUCGAAUUAUACAUAUAUACACACACCAUCUAUUGACAAUGUACAUUACGUGAAAUGCUGACAGCAACGUGAAACGGCAAUUCAACAAGAAGCAUUAAUACAUGAAAGGGCAUAUUUGUAUCGACAGUAAGUCUUAAAAGAUGAUCUAGUCAGGAAAUAAACUCUAUUUUCGUAAACGUUUUCAGAUUAGAAGUUGUGCAAUAUAGCAUGUUGAACAGUAAUGACAUCUGAUGUAAUUUAGAGCGUUAUAAAUUACAUCUUAUGAAGUUUUUGUAGCGCUAUCACGUGACAUAUAUGUUUAUAAUGAGUGGUUAUAUAAACAUUGUUGUAGAUAUU